GAGCUGGAGCAAGCAGCGCAGAGGCCGGCGUACGAGCCGACUUUCAGGAAGCCGCCAGCGCUGGUGUCACACAUCAGUCCAGAGAUGGCGACAAGGUUUAGGGAGGCGUAUCAAGCGGAACCCUACUGGAGAAGGCGCUACGAGGAAGCCGACACCGUCUCGAGCGCGUGGACCCCGGGGAGGAGAUACUACAAGUCGGAGAACGGGUUGCUCUUCUUCCUGGAUGCAGACUAUCUUCCGCGAUUAUGCGUCCCAGACGCACUCAGGGACGAAGUCUUGCUCCGGGCGCAUGAAGACCCGAUGGAGACGGCGCACGCAGGA